AUGUCUGGUCGUGGCAAACAAGGAGGCAAGGCCCGCGCCAAGGCCAAGUCGCGCUCGUCCCGCGCUGGCCUCCAGUUCCCGGUAGGGCGAGUGCACCGCUUACUGCGCAAAGGCAACUACGCGGAGCGGGUGGGGGCCGGCGCGCCCGUCUACAUGGCGGCGGUCCUCGAGUACCUGACCGCCGAGAUCCUGGAGCUGGCGGGCAACGCGGCUCGGGACAACAAGAAGACGCGCAUCAUCCCUCGUCACCUCCAGCUGGCCAUCCGCAACGACGAGGAACUGAACAAGCUGCUGGGCAAAGUCACCAUCGCCCAGGGCGGCGUUUUGCCUAACAUCCAGGCCGUUCUGUUACCAAAGAAAACCGAAAGCCACAAAGCCAAAAGCAAAUAA